AUGGCCAACUUCAAGGGACAUGCUCUACCUGGCAGCUGCUUUCUGCUGUUAGGCCUGUGUUGGUCAGUGAAGUACCCUCUCCGACACUGCUGGAGGAGGCGUCAGCCUAAAGGAAGACAAAAACUGCCUCUGUUCUUCAACAGAAUCGACUUAAUUGAGGGGGCACUCAUCAUUUUCUUAGCCUUUGUGGGUGAGUGUCUUCCUUGGUGCACUUAUUUGGACCGCUCUCUUUCAGGAUUUUACACUAUGGAAUCUCUCAACCACUGAAUGAUCUGCUAGAGACUGUUUGACCCGGAUGUUGUUCUGUCAUUCUGUAGGCAUCAUGGCAGAGCAGUUUGUGCCCGAUGGGCCCCAUGCCCACCUGUACCUCAGAGAGACUCAGUCCUGGGUGAAGCUGAUGAACUGGCAGCACAGCACAAUGUAUCUCUUCUUCGGCAUCUGGGGAAUUGUUAAAGUCCUCAGUAUGUCAUCGCUUCCAGUCCCACUUGGUUUUGACCGACUUGCUCUCUCCCUGGCUUUUUUUAUUGAAGGUAGUGUCAAAGGUUGAUUGUAAGGUUGAUUAUUUUAAUUUGCAGGUAUUCUUACCAUCAGGGUAAUUGUUAUAGUUAUUACAAAUAGUAUUUCCUUGCUCUUUGAACUGUAGACACCGAUUAGAUGUUAUCUGCAUAUUGUGUUAAUAUUCCAGGAUGUUCCAUUUCCCUCCAGGGUUUCUGUUUUACUUCCAUGUACACAUGCGCCCUCCUCUGGAUACCCACAUCCACUCCCUGCUGUUUGUGGCGAUGUUUGGUGUGGCGGCCAGCACGCUGUUAGAGGUGUUCAUGCGAGGUAACAUCAUACUGGAGCUGCUCAGGACCAGCCAGACCAUCCUGCAAGGCUCCUGGUUCUUUCAGGUAAUACAGUAGCCUAACACCACCAAAAUAACCGUUUUCAUUUUCAAAUGAGUCGAUCUCAUGAAUCGCACACGCAGAGAACAACUGAGAAAAUAUGCGUUUGUUGUUUCAGAUUGGAUUCGUGCUGUACCCAUUAAACGGAGUACAGUGGGAUCUGAAGGAACACGAUAACAUAAUGUUCGUCACCAUGUGCUUCUGCUGGCAUCUAGCUGUGGCCCUGCUGAUCGUUGGCAUCAACUACUGCAUAGGCUGGUGGUGAGCAUCUUCCUUUAUCGAUACGCUUUUAUAUCGCCUUCAAAUAGGUCAGUUAACACUCGCACUUUACUUUAUCCCUACUAGCACUGACUUUGCUGAUAGCUACUUGGAGGAAAGAUGUGCUUACUAUGACUGAGAUAUGUGGUUAUCCCACCUAGCUAUCUUAAGAUGAAUGCUAAAUGACUAAAAUGUAAACGUCGAAUGAAAUAAACUAACUCAUUACAUUAAUAUAGCUUGGGUAAAUUCACUGGCAGUAUGGGAUAACUUUCAUCCAUGGCUUCUUCUUAUCUGGUCCUAACAGCUGUGUACAAAGAUGUGCAGGAAGAGGAGGUGACAUAGAGAUCGGGAUGAGAAACGCAUCCAGCUCCCAGAAGGCUCUGCUACAGGAUUCCGAUGAAGAGUAA